AUGGGGCGCCUCAACAACACAACGCCAGGGCUGCGGCUGCUCAGGCCUCCAACAGUGAUUGGUCAGUUCCAUACCCUUUUCUUUGGCUCAGUUCGAAUGUUUUUCCUUGGUGUUUUGGGCUUUGCAGUUUAUGGAAAUGAGGCCUUGCACUUCAGCUGUGAGCCAGACAAGAGGAAGGUUAAUCUCUUCUGUUACAAUCAGUUCAGGCCCAUAACUCCUCAGGUAUUCUGGGCAUUACAGCUAGUGACGGUUCUGGUACCUGGAGCAAUGUUUCAUCUUUAUGCUGCAUGUAGAAACAUCGAUCAGGAAGAUAUCCUCCAAAAGCCCACCUAUACUGUUUUUUAUAUCCUCUCUGUUCUGUUAAGGAUUGUCCUUGAAGUUGUGGCGUUUUGGCUUCAGAGUCAUCUCUUUGGCUUCCAAGUGAACCCACUCUACAGGUGUGAUGCAGGAGCCCUUGACAAAAAGUUUAAUAUUACCAGAUGCAUGGUGCCAGAACACUUUGAAAAGACAAUUUUCCUCAUUGCUAUGUACACUUUUACUGUGAUUACAUUGGUGUUGUGUGUUGCUGAGAUUUUUGAGAUCUUACGUAGGAGGCUGGGUUUUUUAAAUAAUCAGUGA